UUCGUUAUAGGUGUUGCCCCCCAGAGUUCAGAAGAUACUAGCUCAGCCCUCUAUUCAGCCGGUUCAAAAUCAGGUGCUAGCAUCAAAGAGAGUUUAAAAGCUCCCAUGACAGAUUUGGCAAUUAGCCAGUCAGAGUUUGAGUUAUAUGAUGGUGACGAGGAUGACGAAGUGAUUUUAUUUAGGCCAACAUUGAGUGAGAAGCGUCAUGAUGAAAUAUCUGAAUUGGUCCCGCCAGGGGAAGUGGUAAAUGGGAUGAAUGCUUUCUCAGAUGAAACUCAGCUUUAUAGUGCUCCUCUUUCAGCUUUUGAAGUCGGUCUGCACCAGAAUUCUGCUUUUUCUUCAGGUCCACAGGCACCAAUGCCUGUUACUGCUUUUUCUUCUGGUCGACAGUCACCUUUGCCUGUUCCUAAUUUUGUGUCUCAACAAAUGCAACCAAAUCAGACCAGUUCUAGCUCCAGGAACCAACAUGAUUUUCUUGCGAAAGACUUGGAAGGUUGGAGCUUGGUGGAAAGUGGUCGUGUGAUUGAUCUCAGGAUGCAGAAUGAUAUGAAAGUGUCUAAUGUUGCUUCGUUAUCUCUUCCCGUGCAGCAAUUUAUCAGUCCUGGUUAUACAGGUAUAUAUUCUCAGGCAGUAGGCCCGUGAACCAUUACGCAAAACCAGAUCAACCCAAUUUCAUCUUCUCGGGCACCGGAUGUGCCAAAUAAUUUUGAGUUUGUUGCAUCCUCUGGAUACAAUGGAGGCAUCAUUGCACCUAAGGUGUCUUCAGCAUUGCAAGCUAUGUCUAUGAAAGGUCCAGCCAAUCGUCCUGUAAGGCAUUUAGGCCCUCCACCCGGGUUCAACUCUGUUCGUCCAAAGCAAGGUUUUGAACCGUCUGUUGCAAUGAGUGGUGAGAAUCCAUCAGUGGAUAAUUAUAGCUGGUUGGAUGGAUAUACGCAUCCAUCAUCUAUAGGUCAUUCGAGUCUUAAACAGUCUACUGGAUAUCCAUCACAUCCAGGAUUUCUGUACAGUGAAGAGGGCAAUGCCCCUUUAGAGGGAGCUCGUUUCCCUUUUCCUGGAAAACAAGUUUCUUCUGCGCAGUUUGGAGCUGAAGAUAGAAAUGGACAGAUUCCAGAGAGUUUAAACUUGCCCAAUGAACAAAUGCAGCAGCAGCAGCAGCAGAGUGUUCCACCACCACAGCAAUACCAAGGCAAAUCUUUCUUGAUGAAUCAUCGUAUCGUGUGAUAAAAAAUCUGAGACAUCAAAUGGCCCUUGAGCAUAAUUCUGAAUUCUGGAUGUCUGGGACAAACUUUUGCUAACGAAGUCUGGAUCCAACUUGAAACCCUUCCUGUUUUCAUACAUGUAUGUUGGAGCACAUUGUUGGUGGCAUCUUGCAGGCCCUUGUUGAUUGCAAUAUACUCUUUGCAUGGAGGAAGAUUGUGAAGGUUUCAGCUGGCUCGUUACCCAUCAUUAAAUCUACUGUCUGGUUAAUCUGCGGAUGGAACAUGUCAAUUAUGCCAUUGUUAAACUUUGGUCAUUGUCUUUAAGAAGAAAGGGUGAAUAUAGUAAAAUCUAAUGACGGUUUUACUUGGUUCUGUUAUGCCCUAUCAGUGAACACAAGCAUAGUAUCUGGUGGCUAUAAGCAUCAGUUGGACGAUUUAUGUGUUGCUCGUUUGCUGCUCGCUAAAAUAAUUAUCUGCUGGAUGCAGAAUGAUAUAUAAUGUUAAGUUUCUUAAGUUUUUGUAUUGAAGUCCGAGGACAUGAGUUCAAUAAAUGGAUCAUGGGAUCUAUAGCUCAGAAGCCUGGUUUUUUCUUUCUUUAUAAACUUGAUUUAGACUUC